AACAGAUAUCAUCAAGAGAAUGCUGUCCACAGCGCGGUCUAAAGGGCUAGAAAGGGCAAUUGCCUCUGCCCCGACAGCUCCUAUUCCCGAAUUCUUACUUCCAGGGUUCCCUGUGCGGUCAUCGCGAUCUUUUUCUGCCUCGACAUGCCGAACAUCGCAAAUCGGACGAGCACCAUUGUCGAUACCUCCAGAAGUUAACUUCAACAUCCUGCCUCCUCCUGUGCGAAAGAAUGGCCGUGCUUCACCUCUGGCUACUCGGCCGACGGUCGAGAUUGAAGGCCCUCUAGGCAAGAUGUCUAUGACUAUUGCUCCUUUUGUCAAAAUAGAUUAUGAUACGGCACAACGAAAGGCAUAUGUAUCAGUUGAGGAUAGAGAGUUUAAGAAGCAGCGGGAGAUGUGGGGAACUACUCGUGCAUACCUCCACAAUCAUAUCCUAGGCGUCUCAGAAGGACACACAGCAAUUCUACGUCUAGUUGGGGUUGGAUACAGAGCUACAGUAGAAAACACUGCUACGACAGUUGAGCCUGAAUUUGAGGGACAGAAGUUUGUUGUGUUGAAAGUUGGAUAUUCUCACCCAAUUGAGAUGCCAAUACCCCAAGGUGUCAAAGCCAGCACUCCUCAGCCAACCAGAAUCUUGCUCGAGGGCUGUGAGAAGGAGGUCCUUCUACAAUUUGCUGCUAAGAUUAGGAUGUGGAGGAAGCCGGAACCAUACAAGGGCAAGGGAAUUUUUGUCAAUGGGGAGACGAUCAAGUUGAAGGCAAAGAAGAUCAAAUGAUCUAUUAUGCUCUUCAUGUGUAUCAUAUGUACAGCAUAUCUAGGCGUUCAAUGACAUGUCCGAAUUCCUUGAAUGUCUAUAAACUCUACUUUUU